UUUUGGCAAUCUAGACACUCGGGUUGAGUUUUAGGAUUUGGAAUUGCAUUAUCAUGGCUACGGUGGUUCCGAAUUUUCUCCCAAGUUUGCAUGUAUCGUGCCAAUGCGGACCACUUUUCGGAGUCCCCUAAUUUUUCUGGUGUGGUGCAAGAUUAGGGGAGUGAGCAGUGCACGUCGGAUUGUGCAGUGCCACUUGUUAAGUCGGUUUGCUUUUUCUAAGGCUGGCUUUUUGUCACCUCUUUGUAGAUCGUGCGCACCCCUCUUUGUGUUACUACUUCGGUUUGAGAAGGUGGCUCACUCCUCCUCACCGUGUGCCUUCACAUCUCAGGCUGUGUGGAGAUUGUGCGAAUCGAGUACACUUACUACGUUUUAGCCGUCGGUUUGGCUUUCGUGAGCUUGGAGCAUUUGAAUGAGCCAUCUGGGCGAGACUAUGAGACAAAGUUCGCAUUCUCGCUGAUACCAUAAAGUCUUAGGAGUGCGCAGAGGAUCGCCUGACUCUUUCGAGUUCUGACUUCAAAAUGUAUCGUCACCACUCUCCGCGCUACCAAGGGGCGAAGGGCUUGAAAGUAAAGCAUGUUCUACAGAUCGCCAUACUUACAGUUAUAUUGACCUGGGUGGUGUAUGAGCUGAGCCGCAUCCAGAAAUCCUCACCUUCCGAUGGGCAGGACAGAUCAUCCUUACAGGCUACGAUUCCAGAGCCACUUUCAGGGCGGAAGGUGCUAAAACCAAGAGACAAACCUGGGAAGUUAGACUGGGAGCUUGAGAUAGAUGACACAACGACGAAGUCUUCAUCUGAAGAGAAUUUAGUUUGGUCCAAAUCUGGGGAGGAUCCCGCGAUCAAAGAGCAGGCCUUGUAUGGAAUGGAUAUAGGUCAAACCACUGACAAAGAUGAAAAGAGCCUCGAGGAGGAAGCACAAGCGAACGACGAUGCAGAUGGGCGUCGUGAUGUGGGAACAGAUUUUGCAGACACCAAGAAUAAGGAAAGCUUGGCUGGUGACGAGGACAAGAAAGGGGAGGAAACUGAGGAGGUCACAUAUAUGGAAGCGUAUAAUGCUGACUCUGGUCUCAAAGCCAAGCUUGAUAAACAGGAUGAAGUUGAAGCUGAUGACACUUCACGAAGUCGUUUGAAGGAGAGGGAUAACCCUGCAACAGGCAACUUGAAGGAAGACGACGGAAUCUCUGACCAGGAAGUUACAGAGAGCAACGUGAGCACUCAAGAUGAAGUGGAGGAUGAACAAGUGGAUCCAAAUGCUCAAUUUAAAGAGCACCCUGAGUUGAAUGUAGACAACUUGGAGGAGAAUAAGGGCUCUCUAGAAGUUGAAGCCAAGGAACAAAGAUUGAAGAAGAUGGUUGAUACGCAAACACAAGGAGAACAUUUUCGCUAUGAACCGACGGAAGAAAACAUUUUGACUCAGAAGCAAGGUGAAGAAGAGAAGGCAGAAGAGAAAAUCGAUGCACAGUUGGACCAGCAGAACGGCACUUUGCCUCGGUCCGAAGAGCAAAAUGUAUCAAAGAAUGAGGCCGAGGUCAAAAUUCAUACACUUUCUCAAGAACAAGAGAAAAUACAGGAGACCUUAGAUUUAAAUGACACUGUGUCUGGAACUCAGAAGUACGUAGCAGUAAAAGACGAAGAGGAUUUGGAGAAGGCUGAUGCUACCCAAACCCUGAAGGAGCCUCAGAAGGCUGCUAAUGGAAGUGACAGUUCAACUCUAGUGUCUGAGGAUGAGAGCAACAAGUAUGUGCAACCGAAAGAAGAUGAUGCUGACCAAAUGGAUACGAGUGAUAAUCAGGAUCAGGUGGCAGAUGCAGAGAGGCUUCAAACCUCCCAAUUGAAGCAUACAGCAAAUGAAAAGGAGGAGGCACAAGAUCAGGAUAAUGAAGAAAAGGAAAAUGAUAAGGUUGAGGACCUUGAGUUACAAACAACUACUGAGCAGAAGAGUGAUAGCUCUCUAGAAACCAAGCAAGCAGAGCAACAAGAGCCAGAGUUGGAAACUGAUAGCAAAAAUGCUGAAGAUUCAAGUGAUUCUUCUAGCGAAGAGGUGAAGCGUAGGGAAAAACAUGACAGUGCAGUGACCGCAAAUAUGGAUGCGUCUACAGUGGAGGAAUCUAAGAUAGAAGAUGAAGUUUCCAAGAACGAGAUAUUGAACCAAGUGACUGAAAGUAAUACAGCCGGAAGUGGGGAUUUCACCAAGGAAUCUAACGUCUGAUCAAAGGGACACUAAUGCACAAGCAGUAGAAGCUUAAAAUUAAGUCUCCUUACAAUCGAGCAACCUGUUUUGGAGAAAGACCGCAAGACCUAGGAGGAAUGAUGAGUAUUUUAAUGAUGAUUAUGAAGCAUUUCAGACACGGUUUAGAAGUCUAUAGAACAGAAACAGAGAAUUAGGGAGACUCAAUCACACAAAGAUACAGCGCAGCAUUGAUUUUCUGCAGUUCAAAUUGCAGCUGAAAGCUCCAGUUUAUAUCACAGGUUAAGUUGGAUUCCUCUAUUCAUUUUCCAGCAAGGCGUCAAUCCUCAUCUACUUCAACAGUCUGUUCUUACGAGGUGAUGCUCAUUGCUUCCACAUUUUCUAUAGAUUUCUUAGGCUUGAUCCCUGAGUUUAUGAACUCAUACUUCUAGCUCAAUUUUUUUUCAUCAAUCAAUGCUUCCGCAAAUAAUUAGUUUACUGCCCAA